UGUGACAGCUUUUCGUACGACACUUAACUUGGCUUACUGCGCAUGCGCGGAACAUCUCACACGCACAACAGGAUCAGUAGGCAAAAAUGUGCACCAGCGCGAGCCUGGAGACGGAGAGCUGUCAGUCAUGAAGCUCCAAAACACCGGGUCAUUCUGAAAAAAAAAAAUUACCAUUCCUUCAGAGCUGUUUUGAAGGGAUUUAUUUAACGGAGAUUUCCCUUCAGAGAUGCAAAGCUUCCUUUAUUUUGGGGUGCUUAUGGGAUUGAUCUGGUCACCAUGGAUCAUUUCUAACACUUCAGCAGCAUUUUGCACAUGCAAAAACAUAACCUCAUGUGAAAAACUGUGUAACGUCUCAGAAGGAGUCCACAGUUUGAGCUGCUUUGGGCAACGGUAUACAGAAGCCAUUAUAAACUACUACUGCAUAUGGAGUCCUGGACAAUAUGGAAAAUAUAUUCUCUACAUAAAGCAGAGGAGAUGUCAGUUAAUGUAUACAACAAACUACACAAAAACCAUGAUGUUAAAUCCAUUUUCUCUAAAAAUGGAAGCAACCAUGACAGCAUUCGCCAUUGCGCUGAGUGAUGAUCAAAAAAGAUGCGCCUUUGCAAAAUUCAGCAACCUUCCAUCAGAAAUAAUACAGUGUGGUCCACCUGUCAGUGUGUCUUUCAAGAGAAGUUAUGGUCAUUUGAAUGUUACGGCUGAGUGGGAAGACAGUAAUGUGAAACAGUAUCAUUUGAAGUACAGGGAGCACAACACCACUGUGUGGAAAGAGGUGAAGUCCCAGAACGGCAGAGACUGCACCGUGGGAGCUGUUGUCUCUUCUCAAUCAUAUGAGAUGCAAAUACAGUGUGUUAUAACUACUGAGUGUCCUCAGUGUCCUUUGAGCGAGGUCAUCAGAGUCCCACAAGAAUUGGUUGAUGCACCUGCCAUAAAAGAGCCUGAUUACGAUCUGGUCCAAACCGGACAGAGAAAAAUAACCGUGAAGUGGGAGUAUGUGCACAGUCAGGCAGUGGAUGACUACAUUGUGACAGUCCAGAAGGCAUCUGGGGAACCUGCUGAAGAAAGGAGUUAUUUCCUCAAAACGCAAACUGUCACUUUGUUUCUGUGCUAUUCUGCCUACAAACUCUUCAUCAGUGCCUUAAACAAGGCGGGACCAUCGCCUGCUGCACACUUGGUCAUAGACGCCAUGGAGGAUCAGAGUGAUUUGGAUGGAGCAUUUAACGUUAUUCUGAACAGUAAUAACAGCUUCAGUCUUUCGUGGAAUAACACGCUGUCCAGGAAAUAUCCUUGCUAUUCUGUAGAGUGGUGGGCGAGCAAUGAGAAAUUAGCUUAUGAAACCUUCUACGUGAAGAAAAACUACCAUACUAUCCAAACUCAGCACGUUGCAUUUAAGCCCUAUAAGAGAUACCACUUCUUCCUGCAUGCCAGGCAUGAAAAAGACACCUGCAACCUGAAGAACGUGAAUAACAGUGAUCAGACGUAUGGAAGAACCCUGGUCUACCUCACUGAAGGAACUCCACUCACUGCUCCUGGGAAUGUGACCAGCUCUAACAUUACCCAGAAUUCCUGUGUGAUUACAUGGAGCCCGGUGCCUGAGGAGGACUUGCGUGGCUUUCUGCAAGGUUACAUCAUCCGCUACACACAAGACAACAUCCAAAAAAAUAUCACAGUGCAUCCUAGUGUGAACAGCUAUGAGUUGCUGAAUCUGCGAAGUGGAAGUAACUACUGCGUGCAGCUGUCCGCUUACACGGCUGCAGGGGAGGGAAAGCAGAGUACGCUUAAGUGCUUUGACAUAUUGGACUCCCUAGCUAUUGGUGGAAUGUUGGCAGGAGUCAUUGCGGGUGUAGUUACUCUGCUACUUGCCACUCAUCUCUGCUUUCGGCUUUUGAAAAGAUCCAAGAAACUGCUGUGGCCGAAUAUACCCAACCCCUACAACAGUAACGCUGUACAGAAAAUUGAAGGCGGUCAGGAACUGGAGGUGAUGGAGCUUCUGCACAGGCCAAAUCUUGAGGAGACGGAGGAACACGUUUCUGUGUUGGAGGCCAAAAAGGAGACCCAUUCUGCCUGCAAUGUGUCUCAGGACUGGACAAAGACCACCUGUAUGCCUAAUAUGCCUCCUCCGUAUCCCCUCCAAGGGGAUAACGAACCUCCUUCAUCUCCUACAACUUCAACCACAAUAGACUCCACACCUAAUGAGGCUUUUCCCAUAGACAGUAAUCAUAAAGGCUCUAUAGAAGACCCAUCUAUGGGAGCUAACAAUAUAAAGGACCCACCUAGUGUAUUAGGUACAGAGUCUGUCUCCACAGCUGUAGCAAACCCAACAAGUGCUUUUAUGAGUGACUACACCACCAUGGAGCUUUUCCAGCAGAUCACCAAGGCUGCACCUCCAGCUCCUUCCAGCUCAGGAGCAGCGCCUUCAGAUCCAGGUCAGGAGUACCUUCGACAGUCACUCUCUUUAUCUGAGAACAUGAGAGGAGCUCCUGAUCAAAUGUAUCUUGCAGAUGGCACUGUCAAUCCAUUUCUUUAACUGUAUAUAGAUACUUUGAGAAACCAAGACCUUGCCUUAUAAUAUGUAUAACCCUUGAGAGUGAAACCACUGAGUUUAAAGUAUAAUCAUCAUCUUUAAUAUGUAUUAGGGAAUAUUUAUUUAUUUUAAAUGUUCGUUUUCUUUUCCAAAAAUAGGUCAAAUGUAUCCACAGAAUCACACUGCACAAAAGAAUAUAGGUUAAGAACCAUCACUUUCUGUUUUUUUUUUUUUUU